UCCGGGGAAAAGUGCUGCCUGCCUGGGAACCUGUGCUCGCUCGGGCCACCAGGAGCCCUGUUUACCCUCCAGUCCGUGUCCCGACUCUUGCUGAGGCGUCCCCUAACCACUCUGGACUUAAAUCGCAGUCUUUCUGGAUCUCUGCUUCUUAUCUGUAAAACUGGGCUAGUUCUCCCUACCCCUCACUGGGGCGUUGGGAGGAUCUAACGAUGAAAUUUGUCUAAACUAAAGUGUUUUACCAACGAUUGAUGGGUAGAAUUGCUGCAAUUAGGCAGUAGGGCAUAGUAGGUAGGAGAUUGCAAUUAGGCAGUAGGGCAUAGUAGGUAGGAGCUUGGCCAAGGAGUGAGAUUGUCUGGUUUUGAAUCAUAGCUCUUCCUUUUGCUGGAGCUUGGGGAAGUUAUUUAACCUUUCUGUGACUCAGUGAGCUCGCUUUCAAAUGGCUAUUAAAAUGGUACCUGCUUCAUAGGGGCUUUUUGGGGGGGAUAAAGGAGUUGGUAUAGAAAAAGCAUUUGGAACCCAGCCUGGCAUGGUAAAAUACACAUUCAAUUGCUAGCUAUUAUUAAUAUUAAAUACUUGUAAACUAUCAAAUCAUCACAUCUGUCUUCCCAUUGAUGCAUCCUACACAGUUUACAGACCUUUGCAUUGCAGCUGUAAUUAAAGAAUGCCAUCUUGUUACACUGUCGCUGAAGAGCCAAACCUUAGAUGCAGAAGCAGAUGUAUUAUGCACAGUCCUUUACAGCAAUCACAACAGAAUGGGCCGCCACAAACCUCAUUUAGCCCUCAAACAGGUUGAACAAUGUUUAAAACGUUUGAAAAACAUGGAUUUGGAGGGUUCAAUUCAAGACCUUUCUGAGUUGUUUUCUUCCAAGGAAAAUCAACCUGUAACUACCAGAGCAUGUGCCGUCCCCAGCCAACCAGUGGUGGAGCUGGUAUUGAUGAAGGUUUUGGGAGCCUGCAAGUUGUUACUCCGCCUGUUGGACUGCUGUUGCAAGACAUUUCUCUUGACUGUGAAACAUCUGGGUUUACAAGAGUUUAUUAUUUUAAACCUUGUGAUGGUUGGGCUGGUGAGCAGGUUAUGGGUCCUCUAUAAAGAUGUUUUAAAAAGGUUGAUUUCUUUGUAUGAGCCACUGCUUGGAUUGCUUCGAGAGGUUUCUAGGAUUCAACCAAUGCCUUACUUCAAAGAUUUUGCCUUUCCUUCUGAUAUUGCUGAAUUUCUAGGACAGCCCUAUUUUGAAGUCUUUAAGAAAAAAAUGCCUGCAGCUUUUGCAGCUAAAGGUGUAACUAAAUUGCUAAAUAAACUGUUUUUAACAAAAGAGCAAUCACCAAGGUCCAGUGAAGAAACCUCACUUGGAAUUUCCAAAAAAUCUAAACAUAUGAAGAUCAAUAUACAGAAUAAUGUGGAUCUUGGACAGCCUGUAAAGAAUAAGAAAGUCUUCAAAGAAAAGUCAUCAGAAUUUGAUGUGAGGGUUUUCUGUGAACAGCUGAAACACAAAGCUACUCAGGAGACCAGCUUUGAGUUUAAAUGUUCUCAGUCCAAACUAAAGACAACCAAACGUUCUUCUCAGAAAGUGAUAGGAACUCCUCAUGCCAAAAGUUUUGUGCAAAGAUUCCGAGAGGCUGAGACUUUUGUACAGCUUUCUGAAGAAAUUCAAAUGGCAAUUAUAUGGUGCAGGAGCAAAAGACUCAAGGCUCAAGCCACCUUUCUGGGUAACAAACUUCUUAAAAGUAACCGACUUAAACAUGUCGAAGCUCAAGGUAAUAGAUUGCCAAAGAAACUGGAGUGCAUAAAAACAUCUAUUUGCAACUGCCUUCUUCGUGGCUCAGGAAUCAAAACUUCAAAGCAUCAUCUGAGACAAAGAAGAUCACAGAAUAAAUUUUUACUGAGACAAAGGAAACCACAGAGAAAGUUGCAGUCGACUCUUUUAAAGGAAAUUCAGCAGUUCCCUCAAGGGUCUCAGAAGAGUGCUACAGAUACCAGUGCUAAGUGGAGACUCUCACACUGUACAGUUCAUAGAACUGAUCUCUACUCCAACAGUAAGAAAUUCUUGAGUAGCAGAAUUUCAAGUCCUGUCAUACAAACUAAGGAGAAACAGAUUCAUAAAAAUCUUACAGGAAGCAAUGAAAAUGAAACUGAUUCAAGGACAAUGAUUCAAAUAAACAAACACAGUACAUCAGGAAUCAUUAAGGAAACAGAUGAGAUUGAUGAUAUUUUUGUUUUAGUGGGAGUUUAGGUGUUCAUAUGUGAGAAUUUUAAGGGCUUAACAAGCUGGUUCUACAUUCUGCUAUUUUAAGUGGAACUGCUGAACUUACCACCUGGACGCAGGAACUGUUUUAGUGCAACAAUGAACAGAAGUUCAUUUCAAUUCGGUGAACAUAGUAGCUUUGUGUCAUUUAAUCAAGUUUUUGGGGGGCUUCAACUACGUGCCAGGCAUUAAGAUGAAAAAUCUGCCAUAGCCUGCCCUUGAGCAGCAGAUGUAAUUUCUUGACUGAGGCUGGCAGGUCCCUGAAAAUUGAAUAACUUUAUGAUUUACCAGGGAAUUAAGACCUGACAAAUUAAGUCUGCAAAAACCGCUGUGUCUUAUGGUAAAUGGGGAGUCAGAGUGGGAAGUAGCAAGGAAGCACCUAAAAGGUCACUUUGGCCUUAUUGGCUCUGUUGUAAAAGUCCACCUCUGAAACCAAUGUUUGUAGAGUCUGACAGUUGUGCUGUCUUGUUAAUAUAUUAGAAUUGAUCAUCAAAGGCACUCAAAAGUUUUGCCAUUAAUUGUAUUACCGGGGACUGGUCACAAGCAUUCUUUCUCUUUAUUUGUUCACCUUGUCUCUAAGGAAUGCAUGUUAAAAUGCUUUUGCAAUUCUUCAAAAGGUUUUAAUUUUUUGUAACUUGUGUUUAUUU